AUAUAUAUAUAACAAAACCCUCUAUGGCGAAUGGCGUUAACUCGAGUUAGCAUUUGGAGUUUUCGUGGGACCCAGCAGUUAUCCAAACCCCUAGGCCCCCAUAAAAUUGGAUGCGCCCCGGUUGAAUCCACCUCGAAGUUUCCGUUUUUUCUGAUCCGUUGGAAGUGAUUCCGGCCGGAGUUAAGAUCAGUUUCCCAUAGCUACCGCCCAGAGUGCAGCUCACCGGUGGUCGGGGCUGACCCACCAAAAAGUUUUGCACAUCUGCAAGAACUGAGACUACUAUCAUUCAUCUUCACGCUCAGCUCAUUCGUCACUGGAAGUCUCUCUCUGAGAUUCUUUGUGUUCUGAUCAGCAGAUAUGGUUUGGUCCUAUGUGCACUUUAUUGGGAGCGCAAUCGUACUCUGUUCAUUGAUUCCAGGAGCUCUGGGAUGGGGAAAGGAGGGACACUACGCUGUCUGUAAAAUAGCCGAGGGCCUCCUCACCCAAGAUGCUUCAGCUGCAGUAAAGUCCUUACUUCCAGUUUAUGCAGAAGACGAUCUUGCAGCUGUUUGCUCUUGGGCUGAUGAGAUUAAACACAACUACCAGUGGCGCUGGAGCAGUCCCCUACACUAUGUUGACACACCAGAUUUUAGGUGUAACUAUGAUUACUGCAGAGACUGCCAUGAUUUCAAGGGAAAUAAAGAUAGGUGUGUGACUGGAGCAAUUUACAACUAUACAACACAACUUAUCUCUACUUAUUAUGAUCCUGAUUCAGGAAUGAAAUACAAUUUGACGGAGGCGCUCAUGUUCUUGGCACAUUUUGUUGGGGACGUCCAUCAGCCUCUUCAUGUUGGCUUCACUGGAGAUGAAGGUGGGAACACAAUAAAAGUCCGUUGGUAUCGCAGAAAAACUAAUUUACAUCAUGUUUGGGAUAACAUGAUCAUUGAAUCUGCCGUGAAGACAUUCUAUGGUUCGGAUCUUGCAGUUAUGAUACAAGCAAUUCAAAGGAAUCUUACGGAUUAUUGGUCCAACGACAUCUCAUCAUGGAAAAAAUGCGCACUUAAUCACACAGUUUGCCCAGACCCGUAUGCUUCCGAAAGCGUUAAACUAGCGUGCAAGUAUGCCUAUAGAAAUGCCACGCCGGGAACCACUCUAGGAGAUGAUUACUUCCUCUCUCGACUGCCCGUUGUGGAGAAGAGGCUAGCACAAGGAGGGGUCCGCCUGGCUGCCACCCUCAACCGCAUCUUCGCUUCUCAGCCAUUGAUCUCUGAACAAUGAAGAUCAAGGCUCAGAAACCCAGCACAUCUGCACCAUCCAGCAUAGCUUGAAAUUCCCUUCACGUCAUCCCCUCACCCACCAAAUAGGUUACUAUAGUCUUUUAAGACAAGCCAAGAAACAUGUACUUUAUUGUCACCCCAAGGUCGCAUCACUUUCCUAUCUUAAUUCAGAAUAUGCCCCUAAUCUCUGUGUGAAAGAUUCAACUUCCGGAGCACUCAAAACUUCCAAAUAUGAAGCUUGUACUCAAUGGAAACCUUUCAUUUGUCGUGUAUAAAUAACAUGGUGGGGCUUGGUGCUUGUAUUCUUAUCACAUUGUUUGGGAUAUAAAACAGUUGCUGGAGCUUAAAAUCAAAGAACAGGUGAUUUGAAAA